ACCAUCAUCUUUCUUCUUGAACCCUAAUUCCCCUUCUCCCUCGUCUGAUCUUCAAUUCCAGAGUUUGGGGAUACAGCAGCUGAGCAGCAGAUUCAAGAAAAGGUAUUUAUGGAAGACGAUUUCACCUAACAUUUCUUUUUUUUAUGGUGAAGAUAUUUAACGAGUUUUGUUGGUGUGAUUACUAAAAUCCAUGUUUAUGCGUAAAAUUGCUGAAAUCACGUCUGAAAUUGUUGCCGAAAUCAUGUUUAUUUAAAUAUGUCUGCAUCUCCCGAUUCCUACAUUCUCGCAUAGCCUCAGCGCCUCCGCGCGUUGAGGCGGCCUUUCGCCGACGAGGCGCGUAUACACAAAAAUCUUACAGAGGCGCACGUAUUGGUGCGCUUCAGCGUCGCCUUGCCUUGAGGUGCGCCUCAAGGCGUCCGCCUCCAGCGAUUUUCACAACAUUGGCUCUAGAGAGUGUGUUUGGGAUCUUCUGGGGGGUGCCUACUGAGAUAGUUCUUGUGAAACUGCUGAUGGAUCGACCGCCUCAUGAUUAUGGUGCUCCUAUGUCAUAUGGACAGCAGCAAGCUAGUAAUGCACAACAGCAGCAGCAGCAGUAUGGUUUUCAUCCACAGCACCAGCAAUUUCCUCCAUCUGUUCAUGGCCCUCCUUUUAUGCCCCCUCAUCCUCCUGUACAACAAUUCCCCUAUCCUCGUCCAAUGCAACAAACUCAACUCUAUCCACAUUUGCCUCCUCACCCUUAUCAACAAACACCUUCUUUCCCUCCACAUGUGCCUCCACAUCUUCUUCCAUCUCCUUAUCCUGGGCCUUAUGAGGCUGCACCACCCCCUGCUCCAGCGCCAUCUGAUCCUGAACUUCAAAAGCGCAUCGACAAAUUGGUUGAGUAUGCUGUGAAGAAUGGCCCAGAGUUUGAAGCUGUGGUCCGGGAAAGAGAGCAAGAUAAUCCUGCUUAUGGUUUUCUUUUUGGUGGUGAAGGCCAUAACUACUACCGCUAUAAGCUUUGGAUGGCAACAAGACCACUCAUGGGCCCUUUUAACCCUCAGUUCCCAGGUUCGAUGCCAGUGUUGCAUCCUCCCAAUCCCAUGAUGAGUCCAGCACCCAUUAAUGCUCCAAAUGCUGCUGCUGCGGGAUCUGCUCACCUGCAGCAACCUCCUUUUUCACCAUUCUACGAGCAGCAGCACCCUCAUCACUCUCAGCCGAUGGUGGGUCAUAGCCGUCCAGAAUUUGAUCAACCUUACCGAUCUUUUAAAGGUCUAUCUCGACCACUUCCAUCUGAUGUUGAGAUGGAGAUGAAUGGUGUUUUGAACAGUCUCACUGGUACAAAGGAGUCGAUAAAAGGUGCCAAGACUUGGUUUAUGCAGAGGGCUCCAUUUGCUCCUGGCCUGGCUGAGGCGCUCCGAGAUAGGGUAUUGUCCCUAGAUGAUUCUGAGAGGCAGUUGCAUAUAGUUUAUCUUGCCAAUGAUAUCCUCUUUGACAGCUUGCAGAGACGUGUCAACCCGCAGGAACUCGACAACGAGGCGCUUGCAUUUAAGCCUGUCUUGGGUUCUAUGCUUGCGAAGAUAUACCACAACCUGCAUAACAAGGAUGAAAACCAGUCACGUCUUCAGAAAAUCUUGCAGUUUUGGGCCUCCAAAGAAGUAUAUGACCAAGAUACAAUCUAUGGGCUUGAAAGUGACAUGCUGAGUGGGUUACCGCCGAAUUCUUUUCCAGGUGCUCAUCCUGACGCAUCAGGCGAUCGUUCUGCUGCUACAGGGAUGGUCCGGACGCAAAACCAUAUGCAAUGGCAGCCGGAUAAGCAGAGCUCCAUUACAAGCAUACCCAAUCAAGAAUUUGCAGAUAAACUAGUCCCUCCUGUUUCAUCUUUACCAAACCAGCAAUUCCAUCUUCCUUCAGCUCCUUCUGGUGGGUUCACAGGAUCAAUGCCUGUGCCAUCUGCUGUUCAACCGACAAAUCUACAAACUGCACCUGCUCCCGGAAAAGUUGGUGAAAAGCUUCCCCCGUAUCCUUUGUUCCCACCCGGUCUUAUUCCAGGUAUGGUCAGAAAGAUGCAGAUAGGCAGUGGGGUACCUUACUCCCCAAUGAGCCCUCUGGAUAUCCCAACCGUGAUUCCACCUUCAAAUAUAUCACAAUCAGAAGUUCUCGAGAGAGUCUCAAAGUUCUUUAGGGAGAUUGGAGAGGUCAACCCUUCAGAAGGACCCAUGAAGUCAUCUGAAUCAAGGGGCGAUGAUGAUGAUGAUGAUUAUGAAUAUGAGAGAAGAUCUCCUUCCCGCAAGGGAGGAGCCUGCAUCCCCCCGCCCCGCAGCUUAAAUGUUGACCCAGAUACUGGGACCCUUCCUGAUGGAAGUGUAGAAAGAAAGCCCGGAUCGAGCAGUUCUGGAAGAUUGGGACUCGGGGCAACAGCAGAUCCAAACGAGCCAAGUCAAUAUGACGAUGUCUACUCUUCUUACAGGAAACAAAGAAGUACAAACUACCAUACGUCCAUGAGUGCAAGAGCUGCAGCAAGGUAGAUCAAUGAUGUUAUACUUGAUCUCGUCUGGUAAAAUUGUGUGACGUGCUUAUAUUUCCUCGGGUUUUUGAUGAAAUCUAUUGACCCCGGUGUUGUGGUGGCCUGUGUUCUCUUUUGAACUUACUGUAUCAAUGGAAUUUAGGUUGUAACUCUGAUUGAUUAAUGUGAGAAUGUAGUAUUUGUGCUGUUGUAGCUGAACACAAAUCAGGUUUUCCUUUUCUUGGUAAAGCCAGUGCUAGAUCACUUUUAUU